GCGAAAUGCACUUUUGGCGGUCCAGCGUUAGCGCUCUGAGCAAGGAUCCUCAAAACAUUCGGAGAUUUGACAACGUUUUUUUUUUUCUGAGUGGUCGGGGCGCCGAGCCUCUUUCAUUUAGUCAUAGUCGAUCUCGGUGCAGUUUCCGAUCGUCUCCCUACUACAGUUGCGAUCGGGCUCGCAGUGAGGCCGAUUGGUUCCUCGGUCGGCUAGUCGGGAAGACCACACGCGAAACUUUUCUCGUUGAAAAAAACAGAAGAGCAUCUUGUGUGGAAUGAAGUGUUUGGUACCUCAGUUGGCCUGGUGGUUGGACACCAGCCCCUUGUUCAGCGUGGAUUUCCAACCGAAGAACGAUGACAAGGAACUGCGCAUAGCAACUUGUGGCACUGACACUCACAUCAGGAUCUGGUGGCUGAAAUUAGAGCUGGAAGCCGACGGCAACAAAGACAAGCAGAUCGACAUCGAGCUCCGCGCUGAUCUGACGCGUCACCAGCGAACGGUUAACAUUGUGCGUUUCUCGAACUCUGGAGAAAUACUCGCUUCCGGCGAUGAUGAAGCGAACAUAAUUCUGUGGAGAGUUCUGAGUUCGGAAGCUCCUCAGCUCUUCGACUCGACUGAGAACAAGGAGAACUGGCAGGUCCACAAGAUUCUCCGAGGGCACGUUGAAGACAUAUGCGACCUGCAGUGGUCUCUGCGGGACUCGUGUCUCGUUUCCGGAUCAGUGGACUCGACUGCUAUAAUUUGGGAUGCGGAAACCGGUCGCUCCAUGAGCUUCCUGAAAGAGCGCAAAGGUUUCAUCCAAGGUGUGGCCUACGACCCGCGCGGACAAUUCGUGGUCACGUUGAGCUCGGAUCGUCAGAUGUAUGUCUACAGCACCCACACACGCAAACGAGUCUGGGUUGCAUCGAAGGCCGAAGUUGUCAUGGGCGACGGUUCAAAGCUAUCUACGAGAUUGUUCUACGAUGAUACCCUGAAAUCCUUCUGCCGUCGACCGGACUUCUCGCCUGAUGGUGAAUUUCUAAUCGCACCGUCCGGAGUCAUAGAGAAGGAUGGAAAGCUAACGAACUGUGUGUACAUCUUCCAUCGGAGCGAUUUCUCCAAGCCGAUAGCCUACAUACCGACGGCGACGAAAUUCACGACGACAGUGCGCUUCUCGAAGAAGUUCUACAAGACACGUAGAGAACCCGGUUCCGAAACGGUUAUCAAGCUGCCGUAUAGAAUGAUUUUCGCGGCUGCGACCGUCGACUCGAUCAUGGUGUGUGACACGGAAACCUUCACCCCGUUCGCGAUGAUCGCCGACGCUCACUAUGCACGUAUAUCCGACCUCACCUGGUCCCCUGAUAAUUCGAAGCUGUUGGCGUCUUCUACCGAUGGCUAUUGCUCUUUUGUAUUUUUCGAAAAGUGUGAAUUAGGAGAUCUCUAUACUGGCGAUCUUCCACACCUUAGUGCCAUCGAUGAAAUCCCAAAGCGGAAACGAAAACCCAAGAAGGAAGGUGCGGAGAGCAACGAAUCUCCGUCAGGUAAAAAGGGAGAUCUCGAUGACGAGGGUGAUAACGAAGGCGAUAGUGACAAAAUGGACUCCGACGAAGACGAGGUGAACCUCGACGAAACUCAGAACAGUAAUGACAGCGGGGACGAAAAAUCUUCGUAGCGGAGCGCGUGGCGGACCAAUGGCGAUAUAAUCGACAGAGCUUUUAUUUGGUGUGAAAUGAAAGUGAUUCCUUGACGUGUUGAUAGCAGCUUGGGACCAAGGACGUUGUAAAAAAUAAUUAUAAUAAUAUUAAACAAUGACCGAUCC